AUUUCAAUAUGGAGCCUGGGGCAUGUCAGGGAAAGCUUGCGAAUUGUAGGGAUCCGGGGCAAUGGGCAAGCAGGAAUACCAAACACAUUUUUCUGGUUUCAGUUUUACGGUAUAGUUUAGAGUACAGCGUUAUAUUUGCGUAACAGUUCAGUAAUAGUAGGAUAAUUAUUUUUGUUGCAAAGGGAAAUCAGAAAGUGUGAAAUAACUUUUCUUGUUCAAUGCGUGCUAUUUGUCAAAUGUUUGGUAUUUGUUUUAAUGCGUUUUUCAAACGUUAAAUCAAACACAAAGAAUAUAAUAUAACUGAAACCCUAUGUUUAGUUAAUGAUCAAUACAAAUAUAAAGAAGAAACUCGGUGUUAAGAAAGUUUGCAUCAGUUUAAAUCGUGAUCAGGUUGACUGGUUUGGGAUGUCUGCAGCUGUCUCCUUGUGGAAUAAGAGAUUGGGAUAGAAUAGAUGAGUCCCUCUCUUGGAAAACAAAGAAGGAUGUCGAGACGCCCUGCCUGCCUAAUCUUCCGCACCGAGAAAUCAACAUCCAUGCACACAAUGCAAGAAAAGCCUACUGUUUGUAGGACACAAAUUUAGCAGAAUGAACGAAACAUAAGCUUUUAUUAUUGCAAAAGACACUGAUUUAUAAUUGAACAUACACGUAGCAGCAGGUCGACAGCGAUUAACCAUCGCAUUGGAAUUGUCGGUGCAUUUUUAUUCUUGCAGCUUGUCUGCAAUUUGGCCUUUUUUAAAAUAUUUGUUUGCCAGAAAAAAUGAAGAGGACAGGGGUGGAUUUAUUGCAGUUUCUUGUAUUUUUGCUGAUUGGAAGUGGUUGUCUGGGAUUACCAUCUGUUUGUAAACCCAAUAAUGAACGAAAAUAUAAUGGAAAACUACCCUCCUCCCCAGAAGCACUGGAUAGAAAGGUGGUCUGCAGUAAUAUGGAACUUGACCAGGUCGUACCUCCAGGUACAUUGCCGAAUUGGAUUGUGACUCUGAUUCUGAGCAACAAUAAAAUACAAGAACUGAAGAAGGGCUCCUUUAUUGGCCUCUCUGUCCUUGAAAGAUUAGACCUCAAAAACAACCUUAUAAGCAACAUUGAGCCUGGGGCUUUUCUGGGGAUGUCUGCACUAAAGAGACUGGAUUUGUCUAAUAACAAAAUUGGUUGUCUUAAUGCGGACAUGUUUAAAGGUCUCCAGAGUCUUCUCCGACUAAACCUUUCAGGGAAUAAGUUUUCUUCUUUGUCACAAGGUGCUUUUGACAGUCUUGGCUCACUCAAGGCUCUAGAGUUCCAGACACCGUUUCUGCUCUGUGACUGCAAUCUGGUUUGGCUGAUUCGAUGGCUGAAGGAGAGAAGUAUAUGUGUGCGUGAAAGCAGGUGUUCCUAUCCGAGGUCUUUGCAGAGCCAGCUUGUGACUGACGUCAAACCAGAGCUAUUGACAUGUGAUGCUCCCCUUGAGAUACCUUCUUUCCAGAUGACGCCAUCUCAUCGACAGAUAGUGUUUGAGGGUGACAGCCUCCCAUUCCAAUGCAAGGUUUCCUAUAUCGAUCAGGAUAUGCAGGUGCUGUGGUAUCAAGAUGGCAAAAUGGUGGAACCAAAUGUGACCCAGGGCAUUUUCAUCAAAAAGAGCAUGGUUCAGAACUGCUCCUUGAUUGAAAGCGAACUGACCAUUUCCAAUAUCCAGAGUGGCUCGACUGGGAACUGGGAGUGCCGGGUGCGGACAAGUCGUGGGAACAAUACAAGAACAGUUCACAUCGUGGUGUUGGAGAGCUCAGCUCAGUAUUGUCCCCCGGAGAAGGUGGUCAACAACAAGGGGAAUUUUAGGUGGCCGAGGACUUUUUCAGGCAUCACUGCGUACCACCUUUGUGCCCGCUACUCUGCAGGCAGUGGGAUUUUUCCUGGUGGGUAUCCUGAUGAGAGAAGGGCCUGGCGCCGAUGUGACCGUGGUGGAUUUUGGGCAGAAGAAGACUACUCCCGGUGUCAGUAUGAAAAUGAUGUCACCCAUGUGCUGUACAUAAUUAACCAGAUGCCUAUAAACCUCACAAAUGCUGUCACAACAGCACGGCAGCUACUGGCUUAUACUGUGGAAGCAGCAAACUUCUCUGACAAGAUGGAUGUCAUCUUUGUGGCUGAUUUGAUUGAAAAGUUUGGAAGAUUUGCAGAGAAGUACAAAGAGCUUGGAGACGUUAUGGUAGACAUUGCUAGUAACAUCAUGCUGGCAGAUGAGCGGGUGCUGUGGAUGGCUCAGAGGGAAGCUAAGGCCUGCACUAGGAUAGUGGAGUGCUUGCAGAGGAUCGCCAGAUAUAGACUGGCAAGCGGGGUUCAGGUUUAUUCCACGUAUUCUUCAAACAUUGCCCUGGAAGCGCAUGUGAUCAAGUCUAGCAGUUUCACUGGGAUGACCUGCACUGUGUUCCAGAAAGUUACUGUUGGAGACCGGAUAGGUCUGGGGGAAUUUGGAAGAAGAGAUCCAGAUAUUAACUUUGACAAACAGCUCAGCUUUAAAUGCAAUGUCACCAGCACACUAUCCAGCCUGGCGCUCAAGAAUACAAUUGUGGAAGCCUCUGUACAGCUGCCCUCAACUCUGUUCUCCCAACAAGAUGAUUCGGGUCAGGCAGAGGAUGCCAUUUACAAACUGCAGCUCAUUGCCUUUAGGAAUGGUAAACUCUUUCCAGCUACAGGGAAUUCAACAGCACUGGCUGACCAUGGCAAGAGGAGAACCGUGGCAACCCCUGUCAUCCUGACAAAGAUAGAUGGUCAUGAUUUGAAAAACCUGUUCAAUCCUAUCAAUGUGACCCUGCGGCACAUUGCACAUGGAAUGGACGCUGUGGCAGCAAACUGGAAUUUCAGCCUUCUCAAUGGACAGGGAGGCUGGGAAUCUGAUGGCUGCCAUAUUCUCUACUCUGAUGACAAUGUCACCACUAUCCAGUGCAAUUCCCUCUGUAAUUAUGCAGUACUAAUGGAUUUGAAAGGAGUCGAGUAUUUCACCCAGUCUGCUGAUCUUCUCCACCCAGUCAUCUAUGCUACUACUGUCAUACUGCUUCUGUGCCUCCUGAUUAUAAUUGUCAGCUACCUGCAUCAUCACAGUUUGAUCCGGAUAAGCAGUAAGAGCUGGCACAUGCUUGUCAAUCUGUGUUUUCAUAUUUUCCUGACGUGUGUGAUGUUUGUCGGAGGUGUCAAUCAGUCCAGGAACAUAAGCGUUUGCCAAGCUGUUGGUAUUAUUCUGCACUACUCCACCCUGGCUACUCUCCUGUGGGUGGGGGUGACUGCACGGAAUAUCUACAAGCAGGUGACGAGAAAGGCCAAGCAGUGUGAAGAUCUGGAAGAGCCACCUCCCCCUCCACGACCCAUGCUUAGAUUUUACCUGAUUGGAGGGGGCAUCCCUGUUAUUGUCUGUGGAAUCACAGCAGCAGCCAAUAUAAAAAAUUAUGGGAGCCAAGUAAAUGCAUCAUUCUGUUGGAUGGCAUGGGAGCCCAGUCUAGGAGCAUUUUAUGGACCCGCAGGCUUCAUCAUCUUCAUAAACUGCAUGUACUUCCUCCGCAUCUUCAUCCAUUUAAAGAGACACCCAGAACGAAAGUAUGAGUUGAAGGAGUCGGCUGAGGCACAGCGGGGGCUGGCGACAAAUGAGAAUGGGGAGACCAACCUCACUGAUUCCAUGUCGAUGUCCCAAGGCAACUACUCUGUUGUUUCUGUCUCUGCACUAGAGAACGAGCACACGUUUCAAGCCCAGCUCUUUGGGGCCAGCUUGACCCUUCCUUUGUUUAUUGCCUUAUGGUUUUUCGGAGCUCUGUCGGUCUCAAUGGAUUAUCCCAUGGAUCUAGUCUUCAGUUGCCUUUUUGGGCUUGUAGCGCUGGGUCUCGGUGCCUUUUUAGUGGUUCAUCAUUGCGUUAACAGAGAAGAUGUCCGGCGUUACUGGAUAGCUGCCUGUUGUCCUGGAAGAAGCACAUACUCCAUGCAGGUCAACGUCCAACUGACAGAUUCCAGUAACAGCAAUGGGGAGGCCCCCAAGUGCACCAACAGCAGCGCCGAGUCAUUCUGCACAAACAAAAGUGCAUCCAGCAUUAAAAAUUCCUCCCAGGCCUGCAAGCUAACCAAUUUGCAAGCUGAGGCAGCUCUAUGCAAGCCAAAUCCCGUGCCCAGCAACACAAUCGCACAGCUGGACAACAGCUUGACAGAGCAUUCAGUGGACAAUGAAAUCAAAAUGCACUUGUCUCCCAUUGAGGUGCAGUUCCGGCCUAAUGGGCACCCAGACAGGCACCAUAAAAACCGAACUAGAGCCCAUAGAGCUAGCAGGCUCACUGUGUUAAGAGAGUAUGCACACAAUGUUCCCACAAGUGGGGAAGGGAGCAUGCAGAACUGCUUCCCAAAGAAUCGCCAAAGCAACUAUGAUAGUCAUACAAGGAGUCGAAGAGCUGCCUACCUGGCUGCAUACAGAGAACGACAUCAAAGUCAGUACCAAGAAGACAGCAGUGAUGCUAGCAGAACAUUGCCCAAAUACAGCAGAAGUACAGACAGGGGGGGAGGUGGUGGCAGAUGUGGAAAAGGUGGAAUCUCCAGCAACAAGGACAGCUUAAAACAAACGAUUAUGGUUGAACUUGACAGCCAGCAAAAGUCAUAUGGCCUAAACCUGGCCAGUCAGAAUGGACUGCUAAAAGACAGUGGGCAGGAUGUGCCAUUACUAAAUGCAGAUAACACUGGCAAUACAAGGACUGGAUUAUGGAAACAUGAAACUACUGUGUAGUGACCAUGCCAUUUUAAUUAUGAACCCACGCCACUGAACUGAGAGACAUUCCUUUAAGCUAUGGACACUGUCUUGUUUUUAAAGUGUUGCAGUUAUUUUAAACCAGUAAAGACUACAGAAUAAUUUGAUUUGUGAAGCAGUCAAAAGGAAAAAAAAGCAAAAGAAAAUAAAGUAUUAUACAUUGUCCAUCUCCCACAUGAUUAAGAUGACACAUUUUAUUACAGUUUUGUAAAUUGUUUAUCCUUUUUGUCCUGUUUUGAUAUGCAGUGCUUGAAUUUUGUAUGUUAAGCUGUAUGACUUGUGGUGUUGCCCCUUGAACUUACCAUGGGCAAUCCAUUUUUUUUUUUUUAAACAGAAUAAAAGGAAUGUGUACAAAA